UACUCGCACUCCCAAGGACUUGCUCCUUCAAAACCAAUGGUUCAUGACCCAGUUGAACGUAAAAUACAACCAAACAAAAUGUGUGAAAAUUACAUCUGAACAGCUUGAAGGUGAUGACGCUUCCAUUGAGGAGCUGGUAAGAGACUCCGAUGCGAUCAAGGAAUGACGUAGCAAAAUGUGCAGUGAAACCUGCUUAGAUUUGAAAAUUAAUAUCCAAACGGACUCCCAGUUAGUCGAAAAAACAUCAGUUUUCUGCAACAGGAUCUAUCACCCAAACCCAUCAUCAAACUUGUAUUCAUCCAUUAGAGAUCACAUCUCUAAUGGUGCACCAAAAGAAGCCCUUUUAAUUUACACCCAAAAUCGUCGAAACCCACUUAAUCUACUGAGUGUACUCCCUUUGGUUUUCAAAGCUUGUGCAAUUCUUUCCCUGACUAACUACGGAAAGUCGCUGCAUUCCGAAUCAAUCAAAGCUGGACUGCUGUCUGAUGUAGUGGUGGGAACCUCAAUGGUGAACAUGUAUGCUAAAUGCUGUAACGCGAUCGACGCCCGCAAAGUGUUUGAUGAAAUGCCUGUGAAGAACGUCGUCACAUGGAAUGCCAUGAUAGGUGGAUACAUGAAGAAUAGAGAAACACAACCUGCCUUACGGUUAUUUAACAAGAUGUCUGACAGGACAUCAGUUUCUUGGAUCGAAAUGAUCACAGGGUAUGCAAGAACAGGGGAUACAAUGAUGGCAAGGUCUUUCUUCGAUCAAGUUCCAUUCCCACUGAAAAAUGUGAUGACUUGGACUGUUAUGGUUGAUGGGUACGCAAGUAAUGGGGACAUGAAAGCUGCUAAAAAAGUAUUUGAGGCCAUGCCAGAAAGAAACUUCUUCGUUUGGUCAUCAAUGGUUUCAGGGUAUUUCAAGAAAGGUGAUGUGGAAUCCGGGGAGACCAUCUUCAAUCGGAUUCCAUUCCGGAAUCUUGUGAACUGGAAUUCGUUGAUUUCCGGGUACUCUCAAAAUGGUCUUUGUGAGAAAGCUCUAGAAGCAUUUGCCAAAAUGGAAUCCGAUGGGUUUGAACCAGAUGAAGUCUCGUUUGCAAGCGCUUUAUCGGCUUGUGCCCAAUUGGGGUCAUUAAAAACAGGUAAAGAUCUUCACGAUAUGAUUAUUCAAAAAAGAAUCAAAGUGAAUAUCUUUAUUUUGAAUAGUUUGGUCGAUAUGUAUGCAAAAUGUGGGGAUUUGAUGAAUGCAAGAUUAAUAUUUGAAGACAUGAUGGAAUCUGAAAGAAACGAUUCUUGUUGGAACGCGAUGAUUUCGGGAUUUUCAAUCCAUGGUCAUUGUAGAGAAGCUCUUGAGUUUUUUGAUAGAAUGGAGAAAUCGAAAGUGACACCAAAUGAAAUAACUUUUUUAUCAGUUUUAUCGGCUUGUGCACAUGCAGGAUUUGUUGAAGAGGGAUUGGAAAUAUUUGAUAAGAUGGGGAAAUAUGGUUUGGUGGCUAAUGUGAAGCAUUACGGGUGUUUGGUUGACAUUUUGGGCAGGGUGGGCAGGUUGAAAGAUGCGUAUCGGGUAGUGACCGAGAUGCCCGUGAGACCGAAUGAGUCGGUUUGGGGGGCUUUGCUUGGUGCAUGUCGAGUUCACUCGGAUAUGGAAAUGGCAAACCGGGUGGUUGAGAAAGUGAAUGCUGAGUUAACUCGGUGUGGUUAUGUGGUUAUGUCGAAUAUGUAUGCUGCUUCAGAAAGAUGGGAAAAGGCAGAAAGUUUGAGGGAUUUGAUGUUUCGUGAAAGGGUUCAGAAAACAGUCGGGUGUAGUUCAGUUCACUUGAAUGAUUAUGAUGGGAACCGGAGCUAGAAAAUCAUGGGAAGUGAAAUCUAUAAGUUGAUUAUAGAUAUGGCUUCAGGUGAGUUAUAUUUGUGGCUUUUGGGCUUUGGCCUUGUUAAAGUUUUUAUUUUUUAUUUUUUUUGGUCAUGAUGCUAUAUGAUUAGAAGGUAUGGCGUUUCGUAAGGCAAGAUGCCUUCCAUAUAUAUAUGUUAUAUAUAUGUAUAGUCUUUAAUUACCGAAAUUCAUAUUCUACUACAGGAGCAACUGGCUACAACAUGUAUACAGUAUACGUGCUUAUUAUUUUCUCUAAUAUUUUUGGUUUUCCAUGUC